UUUUUUAAAGCGGCACCUCGGAUGUAUUCCAAUAACUGGGCUUUCCCCGGCUUUUUAUCUCGACAAUUCGACCGUCGCCGCCAAAUUUUCCCUCACAGGCUCAGUCGCUAUGCCGGGUGCGAAGAUGGAGCAAAAGCAUGGAUUGCCUCCCCUAUCUGCAAGCUAUCCUUGGCUGAUUGCUCAGAAUAUGGAAGCUGAAGAUAACACUGCUGACCAGAUUUUCUGCACCAUACCUGCUCAGCUGUCUCAUUAUCGGUGUCGAAUACCUGAGUUGUUUGGAAGAUGUAUUCGAGGGUAUUUCCAUGGCUGGGUGAUUCUCUCCAAAAAAGUCUCGUGGUCUCUUUGGAACCCACUAACUCAUAAGAUCAUACAUCUGCCCCCAUUGAUUUUGGAAGACGAAGAUUCUGAAUUUACGGGACAAUGUUGUUUGUCCUCUCCUCCCGAUGAUUCCAGCUCAGUUCUCUUGUUAACGAGAACCACAAAACCAACCUUUGUUUUUUGUAGGCUAGACUCUAAAAUAAAAACUUUUAGAUGGACUGAAAUGUCAUACGCAACACAGCUGAAGAAUAUUACUGGUUUUGAUUGUUGCUUAUAUUGCCCAACAUCUUUUAAUGGUAAAGUAUAUGCUUUGAAUACUGGGAGUGAUCAGUUUGUUAUAGAGGUCGACAUUGCAGUUAAGGAUAAAGAAGUGCUAAGGCUACAUCUAUUUGGGAUAUGCCCAUUUACCUCCUUCAAUCGGUGUAGUGGAGAUAUUUGUUUACUGAAAGGAUCCUGUACAACGUUGUUCUAUGUUAUCGUUGCUUUUAAUGAGCUCACGAAGAAAACAGUUGGUAAUGUGUAUCUGUUUAAAUGGGUCAUGCCUACUUUGAGAUGGAAAAGAAUGAAAGAGAGACAAAAAAGACUUUAAGAUGACUGCUAUGAUGUGGGAAGAAAUGGCAGACCCCAAGAAUGCUGUAUUUUUUGUGGAUCUUGUUAGUGAUAAAUCGAUUUUUUACCGACAUGCAAUUUCUUCAGAGUUAGGGGGAUAUGUACACAUUCGCGAUGAAACGGGCAAAAUGAUAUACUCGUAUGAUGUUGAAGAUAAAACCAUUUCCCUAUCAUCUGUACCUUUUCCAACAUGCCACAUGUUGUUGUGGGAAUGCAGGUUAGAAGGUGAUCAUAGAGAAGCACAGUGCAUUAUUGAUUCUAAACGAGAAGGCGAGGAUAAGAUGCUGGCUACUUCAGUUAUGGAUGAUAAGGUUGAGUUCAAUAGCAUGAUGAGUGAAUCAGGCCUACAAAAUAUCCCGUUUCAUUUGUUGGAGAUGAUUAUGGAGUUUUGUGUUGGUGUGGAGUACAUGCACUUUCGCGCUACAUGCAAACGUUGUCAUUUAGCAGCACCUUUGAUACCAUGGAGUAACAAAGAAACAGCAACAUUAAUUUCACCCUGGCUAAUGGUGGUAGACAAGAAUCAGGGAAUUAUCACUUUUACAGAUCCGGUGUUUGGUGACAAGUACUUCAUGAGAAAUUCAUUGGUAUCAAUCCAUGAUGACACAAUAUGCUGUUCUAGGUUUGGUUGGGUGUUGUUUCAUAGCAGUGCAGACGUAACGUUUGUUAACCCCUUCACAAGUGCUAUCCGCAAGCUCCCAGCUACAUGGCGUUUUUUGGAUAGCGUAUGUUUCUCAGCACCACCUACUUCCCCUGAUUGCAUGGUUGCUGGAUUCACACUAAGAGGCGAACCGCAUGUUUACAUCCACUUAGUAGCUAGAGAACAAACCUGGCGCAGGAUCCGUUUGUAUGAUGGUCCGUCUUCUUUUUGUUUUCCAACGUUAUAUGGUCGAGAUCUUUAUACUAUCAGCAAAAACGGAGAACUUUAUGCUUUCAGAAAUAUAGUCCAACAACAAGCACAAGAACAAGAUUACGUCUGGAGUAAAGUUGUAGGCGCACAAAGUCGUUUUGGACAGUACUUUUUAGUGAAUUGUGAUCAACAUCUUUUACUAGUCAUAGUGGGCCAUUUUGGAGAAACUGUAGAGGUAUUUAAGCUGAAUGAUCAUAAAAGGGAAUGGGAGAUGAUAGAGUCUAUUGGAAGGUACACGAUCUACAUCUCUCGUACAACAUGUUUGAGCAUGGAAGCCAAAACAUCAGAAAUGGAAAACAAGAUCUUUUUUCCAAGAUUGCAUUCCAAGAAUGGCAAGAUAGUGUUCUAUUCACUUAAAACAUGCAGGUUUCACACCUUUGAUGGCAAAAAUAUUAUUAAAGAAAAUUCCAAUAUUGGAAUUGAGCAUGUCAACCCCAAUGUGUGGAUUGAACCAAGUUGGUCUUAGCUAAUUAAGGAUUAAUAUGUUUAGUAUCGUCAUGUUUUCUGAAUACUUCAGAAAUUUUUUACAUUUUAGUAACGUCACUUGAACAUGGGCUUUUAUUGUUUCAGGUUAAUUGAGUUAA